GGCUCGCACACGACGAUGGCUGACUCCAGUCUGACCCACCAUCGCUCCCUGCCCGCGUGCACACGCCCGAAAGCAUGAAGCUCACCGAAAAGAUCGCUCAGUAUGACAAGGAUCGUCCCUGGUUAAGCUUUGAGUUCUUCCCGCCCAAGACUGACCAGGGAUUUGAGAAUCUACUGUCGCGGAUAGCACGCUUGGUCACCCUCGAUCCUCUUACGUUGAGUAUAACUUGGGGAGCUGGUGGGAACACGAAAGAGAGAAGUCUAGAGCUUGCGGGGAUAACUCAAUCAGAGCAUGGUGUCGAUACCAUCCUCCACCUGACAUGUACAAACAUGAAGAAGGGCAUGAUUGAAGACGCUUUGCGGGACGCAAAGGCUCGUGGGAUUAAGACAAUAUUAGCUCUUAGAGGAGACCCCCCUCGUGGACAAGAACAUUGGAUACCCACGGAUCCACGCUUCACGCAUGCCGUAGACCUUGUCCGUUUCAUCAAGACCACUCCGGAGUUUGCGUCCGACUUUUGCGUCGGGGUGGCAGCCUAUCCGGACGGUCAUCCUGACAAAGAGAUUGAGGAGGAAGGAGAAAUUGAAUAUUUGAAGCAGAAGAUCGACGCUGGCGGCGACUUCAUUAUCACGCAACUAUUCUAUGAUGUCGAUGGCUUUCUGGCCUGGGUCAAGAGAGUGCGACAGAAAGGCGUCACUGUGCCCAUCAUCCCAGGCAUAAUGCCUAUUCAAACGUACGCAUCCUUCUUGCGCAUGACCAAGUUAUGCGGUACGCGAGUGCCCCUAGAGCUCAUGGCAGAUCUUGUGCCAAUACGAAAUGACGACCAGAAAGUCAAAGACUAUGGCGUCGAUCUCGCGGUAAAGAUGAUUCGGCAAAUGAUAGCCAGCGGAGAUAUUCGCGGCUUGCACUUCUGCACGCUCAACCUUGAGAAGAGCAUCGUUCGCAUUUUGGAAGAUCUCGGUUGGAUCGGUGGGAGCCUGAAAUCUGCAAACAAGCUCAUCACGGACACGCCGGCAGGGCUGGACGAACGUAGUAUCACCCCUCAUCGCGCGGCAGAUUCUGCUGCGGUUUCCCUCGCCGUGGCAGGUCCACAGCCAGAAGGCGAGGCAGGCAAGGGCGAGCUGAAUAACGCGGCCAGCUGGGACGACUUCCCGAACGGUCGUUUCGGUGACUAUAAGAGUCCUGCUUACGGUGAAACUGAUCUUUGGGGAAGCUCAAUAUUGUCUCGCAACCAAGCAAUCGAACAAUGGGGCAAUCCCAGAACACUCAACGACCUCACAACCAUGUUCCUCCACCACCUCCACUCCAAAAUCGCUACUACACCGUUCUCCCCUACUCCGCUGUUACCCGAGUCUCUCAUGAUCAUCGAGCACCUCGAGCGGCUAACGAAGCAGGGGUGGUGGACCGUCGGUUCACAGCCCACGAUAAAUGGUGCAAGCUCAACGGAUGAGGUUGUGGGCUGGGGUCCGCGCGGCGGAUAUGUGUACCAGAAGUGCUUCGUGGAGUGCUUCGUAGAGCAGAAAGAUCUUGAGGAGAUCGAGCGAAAGGUCAGAGAGAAGGGCGAAGGAUGGGUUGAUUACUACGCGGCGAACGUCAAGGGCGAACUACGUACCACUGUGUCGCCAGAGGGUAGGAAUGCCGUUACGUGGGGUAUCUUCCCUGGCCAAGAGGUCGCACAAACGACCAUCAUCGAGGAAGAGUCGUUCCUCUCCUGGAAGGACGAGGCAUUCGCAAUCUGGGAAGAAUGGGCAUCGUUCUAUCCGCCCGGCUCCGAUGAGCGCAAGCUCUUGGAUAGCGUACGCAAUGAGCGGUGGCUGUUGACCCUCAUUCACCAUGAUUAUUCGAAUCCUUCCGCUCUCUGGGAAUUCCUCUUCAAAGACGGUCCCGUAAUUUAGCUUGUAACAAGAGUACAGUCCUUGCAUGCGACGACGAUAUGACUCAUGCAUACAGCAAGUCGAGCAAUACAUCCAAUUUCGAAGUGA